AUGGACCCCUUUUCAGGCGAAGGCGAACUCCUCACCAUAACUACCCAUUUCCACACCCACGCCUACACCAAAGUCCUCGAGUACGACACCAGCCCCCUCUCCCCACCAAACCGUAGCAUCGCACGGAUCCUCCAACAUCGUUCCCGCAUCGCCCUCGGCCAAUCCAGGCAGGUUCUCUCCCAACUCUCCUCCGCCAAAGAUGCGGCCUCGCAAGCCAUCCAGGCGCUUGCGCACCAAAGUCUCGGAAACGACAAGGGUGUAGAGCUGGCGAGGGAGCUGGCGGAGACAGACGGAGAGGACAGUGUGGUACAAGUCGUGUGUGGCACGGUGCUUGCAGCGGCCGGAGAGUAUGAGAAGGCAGUCGAAUUGCUGGGGAAGCAUCAGGGGAAUCUGGAAGCCGUCGCACUCCUCACGCAGAUCUAUCUGCUGCAAAACCGCACCGACCUCGCCCUCAAGGAAGUCCAAGCCGCCAAGCGAUGGGCACAGGACAGUCUGCUCAUCAACCUGGCCGAAGCCUGGCUCGGACUUCGAGUCGGCGGCGACAAAUACCAAUCGAGCUACUACAUCUACGAAGAGCUGGCCUCGACCCCGAGCACCACCACCGCCUCCUCCCUCGUCGCCCAGGCCGUCGCAGACAUGCAUCUGAACCGCCUGCCGGAGGCGGACGCCACGCUGCAGCAGGCGCUCGAGCUCGAUCCGCACGAUGCGCACGCGCGCGCGAAUCAAGUGGUGCUGGCGUGCCUGAUGGGCAGGAAGAGGCCGGACGUGGAGGGCUUGGUUGCCGGCUUGAGCGAUGUGGAUGACGGCCACCCUUUGGUAAGGGGCUUGGGCGAGAUGGAGGCAAGGUUCGAUGAGGCCGCCGGCCGGUAUCAGGCCAGGGUGGCGGCUGGUUGA